CCCCCAUGGGCGGAUAGCUGCUGUCAUCGGUGCUCGCAUGGGCUCGGGUUGGCUGCUGGUCGCCCGGGGGAGGGGGCCGUUCCUGUUUCACAUGGCGAACAGUAGGGGCGGGCGGAAGAGGCAACGCUCCGGCCACCUGCGCCCAGAGGGCCGGUGAGAUUCCCCCUCGUCGGCCCUCCCCGUGCGUUUCUCUCCUUCCCUUCGCCCCGCGGCCCGCAGCCGCUUCCUGCGGAGGCCGGCGGUGCACGGGGUCCGCCGGCGUGCUCAGGGUUCGCCAGCGCCUCGCCCAGUUUUGCAGCGCCUGAGCCGCCAUGCCCAAGAACAAGCUGGGGGGGAACAAGGCCAAGCGCGCCAAGGCCGAUGCGACGAAGGUGAAGAAGGAGCUCGAGUUCAAGGAGGACGGCCAGGAAUACGGGCAGAUCCUGCGCAUGCUGGGCAACGGCCGCUGCGAGGUGAGCUGCUUCGACGGCACCAAGCGCCUGUGCCACAUCCGCGGGAAGAUGAGGAAGAAGGUCUGGGUCAAUCAGGGCGACAUUGUGUUAGUGUCCCUCCGUGACUUCCAGGACGAGAAGGGGGACAUCAUCGUGAGGUACACCCCUGACGAGGCGCGAAACUUGAAGACCUACGGCGAGCUGCCAGACACGGUCAAGAUCAACGAGACUGACAUCGUGGAUGAGCUCAGCGAGGACGGUGUCGAGUUCGACGAGUCGGCCGGGGUGAACAUCAACGAUAUCUGAUCGGUGCUGCUGAGUCGUAGGGUAGAAGCUUGGGCAGCCGCGCAGAAGGGGGCGGGGCGAGGGGGUGGCCUUCUGAGGAGGCCAGGGGGCCGCCUGGAGAGGCCCGGAGGCCUCUCAGCGGUCCUGCGGGGCUGCGGCAGGGCGCCACAGAGGCCCACUGCUCCCUCUCGGAAUUCCGCCCCCCUCGGGCCGCGCCGCCAAAAGCUCGAAGGCCACACCUUCGGCGUCCUCAGUGCCCUCCACUGCCCUCGUGCCCUCCAGCGAGCAGUCCAGGCAAGAAAAGCUGAGCGUGCAGGCAGUGGACCCCGCGGCCGCGGCGCAGCGCGCGCGCGGAAGGGGCGCGGGGCGAGGGCCGUCCGGCCGGCAGAGCGGGCGCAAACAGCGCAGGCGAGCCAUCUCUCUGCCACGGGGGAGGUCGACGAUGAGAACAACAAACGCCAUAGGCAUAAACUUUAGGCGCUCCGCGCGGAUCUCUUGGAUCCGCGCUGGGUCUCGGCCUAGGCGAGCAUGGCGAGAGAUAAACAGACC